AUAAACGCCUCCGGCCUCCCCGGCACAAACCCUAGCCCUCAAUCACGCCGAGCUCGACGGAACCAGCCCAACCCGAGCCCAUUUCUGCUCGGGUCCCGGCCGAUCCGGCAGCUCCUCAUCAGCACAACCCGGGGCAACGUCCCCCAGCGGAUGCUAGCCUGAUCGGGUCCCCACGGUCGAUGGGUUCGCCCGGGUCCGCCAAUGGCAGACGCGGCGAGUACGUGAGGAUCCCUGAGGAGGUGGAGGUGGCGUCCAAGGGGGAGGCAGAUGCCGCGGCGGCCAUCAAGGCGGCCGUGGCAGCGGAGUGCCCGAGGGUGCUGCGGUGCCGCGCGAUCCGGUGGUGGGCCAAGGUCGCCGUGCUUGGGAUCUUCCUUGCAGGGGCCGGAGCUGCUGCCGUGGUCUUCCUCGGCCCGCUCGUUAUUAAGAAGGUUGUUGCACCUAUUCUUUACUGGGAAUCAAUAACUUUCAGCAGACCAGCUAUUGCUCUAAUAUGUUUUGGCACAAUCGCCUUAUUCCCAAGUGUUUUGUUACCUUCUUCGCCCUUCAUGUGGCUUGCUGGGAUGACUUUUGGAUAUCUUUAUGGCUUUUUGAUAAUCACAGUGGGGAUGAGCAUAGGCAUGUCGUUGCCGUAUUUUAUAGGUUCUGCAUUCCACUGCAGGAUACAUAGAUGGCUGGAGAAGUGGCCAAAGAAAGCAGCUUUUGUAAGGCUUGCUGGCGAGGGAGAUUGGCAUCAUCAAUUUAAGGCUGUUGCUUUACUCAGGAUUUCUCCAUUUCCAUAUUUAGUUUUUAACUACGCUUCUGUGGCUACGAACGUCAAAUAUUACCCAUACAUAGCUGGUUCCAUGGCUGGAACCAUACAUGAAACUUUCCUUGCAAUAUACAGUGGGAAACUUCUACAGAGCUUGGCUGUAGCAACUAGCCAAGGGUCAUUCUUGUCGGUGGAUCAGAUUAUCUACAAUGGAAUCGGCUUUACAAUUGCUGCAACUUCCACUGCUGCUAUCACUAUUUAUGCAAAGAAAGCGCUUCAAAAGCUCCAAGCGGAGGACGAGAUAUUUUGAGAGGUCCAAGGCCAGGAUCAAACCCGUAACGCUAGUUUUCUUUCAGGUGUACUAUAUAUGAACAGCUGGUACUAAUCUGGUUUCCUGUGUCGACUACCGGACUGCUACUACCAUCCAUCUGAGGAAGAGGAGGGGGGGAGGUGCUUCAGCAAUUGUAAAGAAAAUAGAGGCCCAGAGUUUUUCGUUCUUGUUUUGUUUUCUGUAGAGAGAAUUACCAACCUCAUCUGUGUAUUGCAAUUGCGCUAUGUAAAUCCCCAAGUUGAAAGUUGUUUCCUUAUCUUGAGAAGUAUAACAAGGUAUGCUGGCUGCGUCGAAAUAUAUUA